ACUUGCCCUGCCCUCGCCGUGCCGCGCGUUCGUGCGCGCGCCGAAGCCAACGGCAACAAUAGUGCUCGUCCAGUCGCGUCACAGCCGCGCGCCGGCAGCGUGCAUUGCGACAAAAUUGUCCACAGCGCCGCGCACAGAGUGAUAGCUCUUCUGGGGGGAGGGCAGCCCUGAGCGCCCUUUAUCCGCGCCGACCGAGCACGGGAAAGAAGGCCGCCGUCGACCGAGCAGGUCGCGCGGCCCGAGAUGGAGCUCGUGCACGCGUCUCCGUUAGUCAAGGGCGGCGACGGCCACGCCGACUGCAACAUGGUCGACAUCGGGGGCGGCAACGUGGUGGUGGACCGGCAGCCGCGCGCGCGGCAGGACCCCUUUGAGGAGCGGUUGUUGCAAGUCAGGCAGGAAUUUGCGGCGCAGGAGCUGUGCGGCCUGGAGGCCCGGAACAACUACUUUAUUACGUCGGCGAUCGAUGGAAGGCAGAUGUUACAUGCCGCGGAGGAGUCUGAUUGUUUGGAACGGAUCUUUUGCCGCCUGUGUCGGGGCCUGACGAUGAACAUCACGCUCAAUGACAAGAAUGGCCCGUCGCGCCUCAAAUUAGUAAAGCACUGGCACUGGCCGCAGUGCCCCUGGCCGCUCUGGCUGCACCCCUUGGUUUGGUUUUAUGUUUUACCUAGACAAUGUCUCUGUCGCGACGACGCGGCGGAGUUUUCCGUGUAUGACGGCGAGAAAUUGAUUGGGAGGGUGCGCGACAACGCGGCGUCGACCGUUCGAUGCGUGGGCCGGGCUACUGUAUUGGAUAGCGCGGGCGCGUACGCCUUGCAACUCGGCCCCGUCGAGCACUGCUCCGGCGCCGUCUGCUGCCCCUGCGUCUGGGGCGAGCGCGUGCCCGUGCACGACGCUUCCGGUGCAUCGGAAUUGGCAGAGAUCAACCGGCCGCCCCUGACCUGCGCCGAGCUCUGCGGCCACACGAACCGGUUCGUCGUCGACCUCGGAGGCGUCGGCGGCGAGUACCGCAAGCUCCUGCUCGCGGCGGGGCUCCUCUGGGACCUCACGCACUGGGAGGUGCAGGGGUAACACUAACUAUCAUUGUAUCAC